CAUGCAGCAGGCAGCUAGGCAGUCUUUGCCGCUGCUCUUAGUCAAUAAACAAGAGGCAAACGAUGAGGAACAUGCCAAACUUUGGAACGCGCAACAUGAGUCAACCAUUGGGCAUCAAAGUGUGUUGCUGCCGCGUCUUUACGUGCAUCAACUUUGGUUUUGUUUUCUCCCGCGGCGGACUGCUGAAGCUAAUGCAACUGGGUGUGGCGACGUUGAUCGAGGGAUUGCUAAUAGAAUUUGGUGUUCCAUAUGCAAACAACAUUGGACAGGCGUUGACCAGUUUUCUGGCCACUUCUGGACACUGUUUCACCACAACCGGCAUAUUGUUACUCUGCUAUUGUUUCUCGGAUAAAUCCUAUUCCCUCAUACGACAGUCGCUCUUUGAGACGCUCUUCAAUGCACUGGCCUGUUUCAUGUACUUCAGCUCCGCCAGCUACAUGGGAUUCGCCUGCAUUGUCUGGCUGCAUCCGCAGUUUCUGAUACGUCCCGGCUUCUGGGCGUAUCCAGCCAUGACAGCCGCCUACUACAUGGGCUUUUUUGCAGGCUUUCUGCAUGCCAUCGACGCGUUUCUGGCCUUUAAACAUUUCAGGGGAGGUCGCUAGGUCGGAUUUAAGAAAUACAUAUAUAACGGAUUCAUUUAUUCUACAGUGUAAGUAGUGGACAACAUUUUAUUAUUGAAACAAAAGAUAUUUUCGAACAAAGCACAAAUUGCAGUUGCUUUGUUUCCAGUCGAAAGUACAGUUCUCACUCGAUAAGCAGCAUUUAUGAGUACAGUACAGUAAAC